UUGCUCAAAGAUUUCUUGGCUUGUUGAGAUGGGGAUGGACGAUUCAAUCUUCACGGAUCAGUGCGAGUUCAUGGAUUCCUUCAACGAAGAUCCAAUGGCGGCAAUUCUUCAACAGGAAUUAUACGACAGCAACGCUCUCUCCGCCGGCGGCGGAUCGCCGUCGUACGACACUCCGAUCAACGUUUUGGAGACCUGCAAUUCACUCCAUAAAUCACCAUCGCACAAAUUGCAGAAGACAAACGAUUCCCCCAAUUUUUCAACCAUUCAACCUAAUAACUCUUCAGCUCCUAUGAUUCUCAAUUUCUCAAAAUCGACCGAGAAACCGUCGCAAUUGAACUCUGGCGUCAGGCCUUUGAACUCCGACGAAGAAGCCGCUGUAUCCGAAGCUUUGAGAUCUCACGGUGAGUUUUUGGAUUCAGACGAGCAAUUACUGGUAACGCGUGCGCAGACAGUGAAGAAGCCUAGCCGUGUGAGACCGGCGUCGCAGAUCUAUGAUCACAUCGUAGCGGAGAGAAAGCGACGGCAGCAACUCAGUCAGCACUUCUUUACUCUUUCAACAUUGAUUCCAGGCCUGAAGAAGAUGGAUAAAACUUCAGUAUUGGAGGACGGAAUCAAAUACCUGAAGCACCUCCAGGAGCGAGUGAAGACUCUCGAAGAACAAGCGACGACUCAGACGGAGGAGUCAGCCGUCCUCAUAAGAAAAUCUCUGAUGACGGCGGAGGACGAAUGGUGGUUUGACGAGCAACCGCUGCCGGAAAUCGAAGCGAGAGCGUCCAGUAACCAACUCCUUAUAAGAGUUCACUGCAGGAGACGGAUGGGUAUUUUGGUAAAAUUACUCAGCGCCGUGGAUGCCCUAAGCCUGACGGUUGUCUGCAAAAACGCCGUUCCGUUUGGAAAUUUAGCUCUUGAUGUUACUAUUGUGGCUCAGAUGGAUAAAGAGUUCAAACUAACAGUACAGGAGGUGGUGAAGAGAAUCCAGGACGCCUUGAGGUAUUGAUUGCACGCUCCCGGGAGCUCAACACCCGAUGGGUGAAUUUAGAAUCUACCAGGAAG